CAUAAACCCAUUUAGAGGAUAUGAUUUCGAGCCCACUUCAAUGAACGCUUGAAGACUAGUUCGUAGGAAAAAGGUUCGAGAAAGAUCUCUCGCUCUCUCUCUCUCAGUCGUCUUCUUCCAGGAUCGCUCGGAGAAUAUUUGCAUCAGCCUCCGUGAAGGCGCCAACGAAUCGGUGAGAAUCGAACUUUUGAUCAAAUAUGUCGAUGACCGAGGAGCCGCUUUACCCCAUCGCCGUCCUCAUAGACGAGCUUAAAAACGAUGACAUUCAGCUAAGGUUGAAUUCGAUCAGAAGGCUUUCCACGAUUGCUCGCGCUCUCGGCGAGGAGAGGACGAGGAAGGAGCUGAUUCCCUUUCUGAGCGAAAACAAUGACGAUGACGAUGAGGUGCUGCUUGCAAUGGCUGAGGAAUUGGGAGUGUUUAUUCCUUACGUUGGUGGCGUUGAGCACGCGCACGUUCUGCUUCCACCGUUGGAGACUCUCUCCACGGUUGAGGAGACUUGUGUGAGGGAGAAAGCUGUUGAGUCGCUUUGCAGAGUUGGGUCUCAGAUGAAGGAGACUGAUUUGGUUGAGCAUUUCAUACCGUUGGUUAAGGUUAGCCAAGAGAGGAGGAUAACAACUCGUGGUUUCAUUUCAUUUCUCAUGUUAUCCAGAUUAUAGAAAACACAAAGAUAA